AUGUCUCAUGCUAUGGAUAAGGCGAUGAUGGCGAUCUCAUUGGAGGAUGAUGAUGAACCCUUUGACAUGCCAAACCUUCCUCAAUUCAGUUCGUGUGAGCGCAACAACCAGAGUCUAAUUGGGAGAAUCUUGAAUCCUGAUUGUCAAAAGAUGUCGAAUCUCAUAAGAGAGAUGCCUCGGAAGUGGCAGAAGCAGGGCAAAGUUCGAGGAGUAGCAUUAUCAAAGGAACGUUUCCAGUUCAUUUUUGAUAAUGAACAUGACUUGCUUGACGUAUUGGAGAAAGGCGUUCAUACCUCGAGUGAAUGGGCGUUAGCGAUUGAGCGAUGGGAGGAGAACCCACCGCCGGAUUACUUUCAAUACAUCACGGUCUGGGUUCAAGUCCGUAAUAUCCCUCUCAAUCAUUAUACAGAGAAAGCAAUCACAGCUUUGGGGGAUCGCUUGGGAGUGGUGAAGGUAGUGGCGUUUGAUCCUGAUAGGCCACAACUUCAAGAGUAUGUGAGGAUGCAAAUUCGGAUGGAUGUGGCACGUCCGUUUAAGAAAUCAAUGGUGGUCAACUUGCCAGAAGGUGGUACAGCGACGGAGGUCUGCCCUCGGUUGGUGAAAAAGCGUAAGGAAGCAGCUCUGGAGAGACGUCAGCGGAUCCUCCGUGAGAAGCAAGCAGACACCCUGGUCUUAGGUCCUCAAGACCCUCUAUUUGGUGUUUUAACAGAAGCACAAGUUGGUAAUUGUCCUCUCACUGGUAGAGCAAAGAUAUCUCCAGAGGUGCUGGAGGAAAUGAGGCGCUAUAUGAUGAUGGCUACUGAGGCAGAUAGGUUGAUUCGUAUUGAGAGAAUCAGGGCUUCGGUUGCUGAUGUUGAGAAGGAUCCUGUUCUUCAGAAGACAGUUCUCAGAUUGGAACCUCCUCCUCAGGUCACCCGACAAAUCGACAAGCAGAAAGGCCGAGUCUUUGAUCUCGACUUAAAUGCUCCAGAGGCGUCUGAUGGUGUGAACAAAGGCAAAGAUGACAAGCUUAUGGCGUCGGCAAUCAAGGCGCAUACCGAGGGGAACUUUAGUACGUGGAAUCUCCCUGCUACCCUAAAGGAUAGACUGUCUGUGGAUCAGAGCUCUUCUAAACCAGCUCUAUCAUGUCCAUUGCCACCAGUGACGCGUGAUCUGCAGGGAACUAGUAGCGGCUUACUCAGUCUUGUUGGCAACUCAACGGAAUAUGGUUUCCAGUUCUCAACUAAAAAACCAUCCGGGGUUGCAACCAAGACUACCAAACCGCGCAAAGACCCUACGUCCGUAAAAGAACAGAAGUGA